GCGUCGGUGUCAAACAUGGCUGUGCUUUUGAAGAAAGAAAAAUGCUGAAUUGUGCUGGAGGACUUGGAAGAAAAAAGAGUCAAACAUGGCUAGACUGGCUGACUAUUUCAUCAUCGUUGGAUAUGACCACGAAAAAACGGGUUCAGGAGAAGGAUGUGGCAAAAUCAUCCAGCGCUUCCCAAAAAAGGACUGGGAUGGCACAGCAUUUCCUCAGGGUGUGGAGAUGUUUUGUCAGCCAGGAGGAUGGAGACUAUCCCGUGAACGGAAGCCUCCUACAUUCUUUACAGUGGUGCUGACUGACAUCGACUCAGACCGACACUACUGCUCCUGUCUGACCUUCUACGAGGCUGAAGUCAACCUGCAGGGCACGAAGACGCUGCGAGGCGACGGAGACGAAGACGAGGAAGAAGACGGUCUGAUCCAGCCAGCUCAAGUGUUUGCACCGAAAAGUCUAAUCCUGGUCUCCAGAUUAGAUUUUCCAGAAAUAUUCAGGGGCUGUUUGGGGCUGAUCUACACCGUUUACAUCGACAAUCUGAACUUCCCUCUGGAAGGCCUCGUGGCGAACCUCCUCACGUGCAUUGUGCCUACAGCAGGAGGCUCCCAGAAGCUCUUUUCUCUCGGAGCCGGAGACCGACAGCUGAUCCAGACUCCACUCAACGAUGACCUGCCAGUUACCAAUAAAAGCGUCGCUCUCCUCUUCCAGCAGCUAGGCAUCCAGAAUGUUCUGAGCCUUUUCUGCGCAGUUCUGACCGAACACAAGGUUCUGUUCCACUCCACCAGCUACCAGAGACUCGGCGAGGCCUGCCGAGCUUUAGAAGCCCUGAUGUUUCCUCUCAAAUACAGCUACCCGUACAUUCCCAUCCUCCCGUCUGGGCUGCUGGAGGUCCUCAGCUCGCCCACGCCCUUUAUCAUCGGGGUACACUCCAUGUUCCAGAGUGAAAUUCAGGAGCUGGUGAGUUUGGCAUAUGAUACUAUUAGAAUCUAUAACAUUUUGAUCAGCGUUCGUGUCUCUGACGUGUUUGUCGUGGGGAAAAAACAGCUGGACGUGAUCGUCGCCGACCUGGAUGGCGGAACGAUCAAAAUCCCGGAGUGUAUCCAUCUGUCUCAGCUCCCCGAGCCUCUCGUACACACUACACACAGCUGUCUGUCUGCGGUUUUGCACCCAGAUCUGGAGAUAGCUGAUAACGCCUUCCCUCCUCCGCGCUCCGCUCCGUCCAACCUCAAACUGCUGGAUAAGGAGGUGAGAGCGGUCUUCCUGCGCUUGUUUGCACAACUGUUUCAGGGCUACAGGUCCUGUCUGCAGCUCAUUCGCAUCCACUCCGAACCCGUGAUUCACUUUCACAAGGCUGCCUUCCUGGGCCAGCGUGGCCUGCUCGAGAACGAUUUCCUGCCCAAGGUGUUAGACGGCAUGGCCUUCGCCGGGUUUGUGUCCGAGAGAGGGCCUCCGUACAGAGCCUGUGAUCUCUUUGACGAGCUGGUGGCUUACGACAUGGCGCGCUUUAAGGAGGAAGAGGAGAACCCAGGCAUACUUCAGAAGCACACUAGAGAGCUGUCAGAGCAGCUUUACCGCAAUGAAAAUCCCAACCCUCAUAUGGCCUUUCAGAAGGUUCCUCGGCCCAGCGAGGGCUCUCAUCUCCGGGUGCACAUGACGCCCUUUCCCCUGCUACAUGAGGAGAAGGUCGAGGAGCUCACGCACGAGGGCCUGGCCAAACAAAACUAUUCCAACCUCAGUACGCGGGUCGAGAAGAAGUGUGUGGUGCCUGCAGGUCCCCCUGUGGUGUCAAUCACAGGGAAGGCCAGCUCGGUGUUCAACAGCGCCCGGCGCCUAGAGGUUGUCCGGAGCUGCAUCGGCUUUAUCUUCGACAACAAGACGCUGGAGACCGAGAAGGCUCUCCCUGCUGCCCUGCGUGCCCUGAAAGGCAAAGCGGCUCGGCAGUGUCUGACCGAAGAACUCAGUCUACACGUGCAGAUGAACCGCGCCAUCCUGGACCACCAGCAGUUCGACCACAUAGUGCGCAUGAUGAACUGCGCCCUUCAGGACUGCUCCAAUUCUGAAGAGUAUACGGUGGCUGCAGCUUUGCUUCCCCUGACCACAGCCUUUUAUCGGAAACUGGCCCCAGGUGUGAACCAGUUUGCCUACACGUGCGUGCAGGAGCACCCCAUCUGGACCAGUCAGCAAUUCUGGGAGACCACGUUCUACUCCGAGGUGCAGAACCAGAUCAGGGACCUGUACCUCAACGCCCCGGAGGAGAAACACCUCCUCACAGCCCGACUCAAGGAUCCAGGUUCCUCUUCGGUUCCGGCCCCCGCCCGAUCGGAGCGGACAGCUAUGGACCUGGCAGCCGAGCAGCUGCGCGCGUGGCCCGGCCUUAGCAAGGAGAAACAGCUGGAGCUGAUAAAGAGCGAAGAGAGCACGGUGUUCAGCCAGGCCAUCCACUACGCCAGCCUCAUGGUCUACCUGCUCGUGCCUCUGGACGCCAGCAAGAACAAGCUGCUCCGCACGGCUCCGCCUGCAGCCGACUGGGAGAGCUGCAGCAACAGCAUCGUCACCAACAGCAUCGCCGGCAGCGUUGCGGAAAGCUUCGACACGGAGAGCGGAUUCGAAGACUCGGAGAACAGCGACAUCGCUAACUCGGUGGUGAGGUUCAUCACUCGCUUCAUCGACAAGGUGUGCACCGAGAGCGGAGUCACCCAGGACCACAUCAAGAACCUGCACAGUAUGAUUCCAGGCAUCGUGGCUAUCCAAAUGGAGACUCUGGAGGCUGUUCAUAGGGAAAGCAGGAGACUUCCACCCAUCCAGAAGCCAAAGAUCCUUCGGCCUACGAUGCUCCCCGGAGAGGAGUUGGUAAGCGAGGGGCUGAGGGUUGUCCUGGACGCCGAUGGACGAGAGGACGCGACGGGAGGACUUCUGGGAGGGCCUCACGUGCUGCCCGCGGAGGGGGCGCUCUUCCUCACUACCUACCGCAUCAUCUUCAAAGGCACUCCUCAUGAUCCUUUAGUCGGCGAGCAGCCUGUGAUUAGAAGUUUUCCAGUGUCCACACUGACUAAAGACAAAAAGAUCACCGUUCAGAUCCAGCUUCAGCAGAACAUGCAAGAAGGCCUGCAGCUUAGAUCUGCCUCCUUCCAGCUGAUUAAGGUGGCGUUCGACGAGGAAGUGACCUCUGAAAUGGUGGAGAUCUUCAGGAAGCACCUGCAGAGGAUUCGUUACCCACAGUCCAUCUUCAGCACGUUUGCCUUCGCGGCAGGACAGACGGCUCCGCAGCUUCUCCUGCCCAAGCAGAAGGAGAGGAACACGGGUUUCCGCACGCUCUCCAAAACCAUCGUAAAAGGAGCGAAGAGAGCAGGUAAGAUCACCAUGGGGCGUCAGUCCACGCUGCAGAAGAAAAGCGAAAGAGGUACGCGUAUGACCUGGAACGAGGACGACGACAUCUCGGUAUCGGACGACGGCGAGCCGCCCUCCAGCAGCACUCUGAAGUCCUCGGACAAGUCCACCAUGGAGCAGCUGGUGGAGCGUGCCUGCUUCCGGGAUUACCAGAGACUGGGUCUGGGCACCAUCACCGCCAGCUCCUCGCGCUCCAAAAGCGGAGAGCAGUUCCGCGUGACGGCGGUCAACAGACUCUACUCGCUCUGUCGCAGUUACCCCGGGCUGCUGGUGGUGCCUCAGUCGGUGCAGGACGGCAGUCUGCAGAAAGUCGCACGCUGCUACAGACAUAACCGGCUGCCUGUCCUGAGCUGGAAAAACCCUCGCACCAAAGCCGUGCUGCUGCGCGCCGGCGGCUUCCACGGGAAGAGCGUAGUGGGACUGUUCAAGUCGCAGAACCCCUCCACGACAGCUCCUGUCUCUUCGUCCGAGUCGUCCAGUAGUCUGGAGCAGGAGAAGUACCUGCAGGCCAUCCUCAGCUCCAUCCCUGUCUACUUCAAAUCCAACGGCAGCAACACACUGUCCAACCGCUCCCUCAUCGGUCUUUCUCCAGCAACUGAAAGAAGGACUUCCAGAAUACCAAAGAUGGUUCCUGUCCACUUGGAUAUUUCUUUCUCCAACAGUUUUACCAGAGGAGUACUUGGGUACAAGGACAAACUUUUCACUCACACAAACCAAGCUAAAGGGAGACUCCACAAUCAAGGCGUGUGGGCGAGCCUGCGCUCCAGCAACAGGUUCAGCCAACACCUCUCUACAGCCGACGUAGGGGCACGGCUGGCAGGCAAGGAUCCGACGCCCCCUGCAGGAAUCGAAAGCCUCCAGACGCAGCUCCUCAAGCACCAAGCGGCUCUCUACAUCUUCGGAGAAAAGUCUCACCUCAGGGGCUUCAAGCUGGACUCCCUGCUGAACUGCGAGCUGGUACCGGUCGAGUUUGCGGACACGCGGCAGACCAAAGCCGCCUUCAAAAAAUUGCUGCGGGCGUGCGCUCCCAGCGCCUCGUCUACCGACUCCAACGAAACGUUCCUCAAAGCCCUGGAGGAAAGCGAAUGGAUCUUGCAGCUGCACAAGCUGCUCCAGCUGGCCCUCAUCCUAGUGGAGCUGUUGGACAGCGGGUCUUCGGUGUUGCUGAGUCUGGAAGACGGCUGGGACGUCACCACGCAGGUGGUGUCUUUGGCGCAGCUGCUCAGUGACCCGUUCUACCGGACGUUGGAGGGCUUCCAGGUCCUGGUGGAGAAGGAAUGGCUGUCGUUCGGACACAAGUUCAGCCAGCGCAGUAACCUGACCCCCAGCAGCCAGGGCAGUGGCUUCACACCCAUCUUCCUGCAGUUCCUCGACUGCGUGCACCAGGUCCAUAACCAGUACCCGUUGGAAUUCGAGUUCAAUCAGUACUAUCUGAAGUUCCUGGCGUACCACUACGUCUCCAAUCGCUUCAAGGACUUCCUCUUGGACUCGGACUACGAGCGCCUCGAGCACGGCACAUUGUUUGAGGAUAAAGGAGACAAGCAGGCCAAGAGAGGGAUCUGUAUCUGGGAGUGCAUAAACCGAAUGCACCGCAGAAGUCCGAUCUUCUUCAACUACCUGUACAGCCCUUCAGAGGCAGAGCCUGUCUUAAAGCCGUCCAUCUCCAUACCCAACCUGACCAAAUGGGAGUUCUACACGGCCGAGACCCUGUCCACCGGACCCUCAUACGACUGGACGAUGCUGGCCGUUCCGACAGAGAGCUCAGAGGAGUUGGACACUAUCGCCACCAGCAAGAGGAGGAUCGUCUGGCCCUGCUACAGCAGCGUAGCCCGCGCCCAACCCGACGCCAUCACCAAACUCCUGGCUGACAUUGAGAGAUUGGAGGGAGAGCUUGGGCAGGUGCCCGACCGAUGGCAUGUUACUCUAGAGAAAGCGAGAGUCAGUGUACAGGACGACCUCAAACAAGAAGGCAAUCUACGAAAACAGUCCGUGUCCGUCUCGGGCUUGAUCCCUACCUCUAAUCUGCAGGCGUAUCAGCGCCACUCCAUGCUGCACCUCCCGGACAACGGCCUGGGCGAGGACAGCAGCCCCACGACAGCCAACGGUAUGAGUCGCCGAGCUGCAACGCUCUAUAAUCAGUUUACACCCAAGAACGACGAGAACAGGUCAUUUGAAGGUGUCCUGUAUAAAAGAGGUGCCUUACUUAAAGCCUGGAAGCGUCGAUGGUUCGUUCUGGACAUAACAAAACAUCAGCUGAGGUAUUACGAUACGGAUGAAGACGUCAGCUCCCGCGGCCACAUCGACCUGGCUGAGGUGGAGUCGGUCGUAAUCGCCACCCCGACCAUAGGUGCUCCCAAAUACAUCAGUGAGAAGGCCUUCUUCGACCUGAAGACGACUAAGAGGGUGUACAACUUCUGCGCGGAGAACGCUCAGAGCGCGCAGCAGUGGAUGGAUAAGAUCCAGAGCUGCAUCUCGGACGCCUGAAGCCCCGACGACUCGGACCCUCCACCUUCAUCACUGCCGUCUCCUUCCCUCCACGGAGACUCACUGUGCGUUAGUAGGAGCAUAGCGAAGCCCUCAGUGCCUGUCGAAGAGCAGAGUGAGAUACCAGAGGACCACGCUCUCACUGAAUCACUACAAAGUGUGCACUCAGGCUGCAGACUCACUGCCACACUAAUCCUCCACCAAACUGUGCUUAUGCGCGUUACACGGGUCUGUUUCACCGCCCGAACACUCCCGAGUUCCUCAUCAGUCUUACCGAGCAGUCGCUCUAAAACACUCGCACAUACUCUACAAGUCGAAUCGAUGCGUGAGUAUAUUAGGAAAGAAAUAUAAUUGCUGCUUAAGAUGAGAAAGGAGCGCCAAAAAAAAAAAGGCAUAAUUUUCAAAGAUGCACAAUUAUAACAAGGCAGUUUGUUUGCACUUACUUCUUUGAUAUGCACUCUUUAAAUAUAAUAGAAUUUUCUAACAUAAAAAGCAUCCAUGUUUAUACAUGCAUACACUACACAAAAAAACAAACAAACAAACAAAAAAAAACUUUGCACACUAAAACAUAAAUAUCGAUUUUUUUUCUAUUUAAGUCGUUGAUGUUUUAUGUGAUUUUUUUUUAAUACAUGAAUGUGUCUCCAUGCAUAACAGGUCAGUUUUUGUGAUGUAAAUUAUUAUUAUUUUUUUUUUUAUCUUUAAAAGAGUAACUCGGGUAUGUUCAUGGAUGUUGCGUCGAUGGGUUUUUUCUUCUUUUUUUUUUUUUUUUGUAAAUAUCCGUCAUUUUUAUACUGUGGUGAAAAUGCUCUGGCUUACAUUAUUCUAACAUUUAACUGACAUGAAACCACCAUACACUUGUGUUUUUUUUUUUUACAUUCACAUUUGACAUACUGACCAAGAAAAGUGCUUCCUCUCCGUCAUUAUAAGACGUCCUGUUUGACAUGAAGGGAAGUCCUCUCCGUGUGUGCUCUGAAUCUGUCGAACACUACGCAGUUUGCUUUGUGAUUUUGAACAUUACCAAGAAACCAAACCGAAGAAUACUCGCUCGGACUUGACCGCCGUCUGUUCCCGUAUUCGGGAAAAAAAAAAAACGACGUCACUAAGCUCAUGUACUACGUUUUGCGAUGCCACUAACGUUUCUAUUCGGCUAUUUUCUUUUCUUUUUUUUUUUUUUUUUUAAUAAUUUGAAAUAAAUCAAGAUUACUUGAAUGUAAUUCAUAACUCGAUGAAAAUGUACUUGUGGCUCGUAAUGUCAUUAAUGUUAUUGACUUGUAACUGAGUUUUACAUUUCUCACUUGCAGUCCAGGUAAACUCUUCAAGUUGGACCAAUUUCCAAAAGGCUUCCUGUUCACUACUAUAUAUGCUCGCUACAUAGGGCAGGUAAGGCUGUCGCAGUGCACUACGUACGCAAUAGAACACCGUUUUCGAUUAAGUCACCUAAGUGCACCUAUUAUGGUUUUCCAGAUGUUACCUUUCAUGUAGUGUGUUAUAGAGCUGUUUGUGAAUGUAAAAACGUCUGCAAAGUUUCAAAAAAAACAAAGCGCAUGACAAAAGGACUCCCAAAAGAAGGAAUCGAUUCUGAACAGCUGAAACGAGUCGUUAGUGAUUCCAGACUUUACUUCCUGUACUAACCUAUGUAGGUUUGUAAGAAAAAGCCCCACCUCUGGACUUCAUCGGCUGCUCGCUGACAGACAUAAUAGAUAGACUGAUCACAACAGACUGGGACAUCUGACCAGUCGGAGCAGAGUAUGCUCUCUGAAAGGAGGAGCUUAGAAUGAAUCCUUUAGAACGGAUGAUUUAACGAGUCGUUUGUGACACUGGGGGGGGAGAAAAGGUAACGCUGAAGUUUAAAUUAUGAGCACGUUAAAGUGUUUUUUGAUCUCGGAUGCACGUAAAUCUAUUGUAUGAGACCUUUAAAACAAAAUUCGUACAUGUUGCAAAACCAUCAUAGGUGCGCUUUAAGUUUUCAUCCAUUUUUAAGACGGUCUGAUAACGUUUGUGCUCGACAUUUUUCAUAUUUUCGGCUUUAUCCGGGUCGCCUACUGCCUUUAAAACAAGCUCGCUGUGUCUCUUGCUGAGAGGGAGACGAACUUUCAGUGCGCUACGUUAAAAUUAUCUGAUGACUAUGAAAUCUUUGCGUUUUGCAAAUGUUGAAUAGUACGGUAUUUGACCAGUUGUGCCUGUCAUCACUAGUCCCUACUGUACACCCUGCAGAGAAACUCCUCCUACUUUCAUGAGUAGCAUUACAGUACGUGAUGGGGUUAAGUGGGGUGUUUG